AUGUCCACGUCCCCUGCAGUGCUCGACCAUGACCAUGGUCACCACCACCUCGUCUCCUCAGUCUCAUCCACCUCCACAGACUCGCCGGCACCGGCAAUGCCACCGCGGCCGUCUCUGCCGCCUACGAUCCCGGCGUGCGACCCGCACGACGGGACAGCGAGCCUGCAGCUCAUCGAGGACCUGACCACCCACGCUGGCGCCAUCCAGCAGCGCGUCCUCAGAGAGAUCCUCGCCAUGAACGCCGGCACGGACUACCUCCGCGGCUUCCUUGGCGCCUCCGACGACUCGGCCGAGGGACGCCACGCCGACGAGCUCGCGGCCACGUUCAAGGAGCGCGUGCCGGUCGUGGAGUACGAGGACGUCAAGCCGUUCAUCGAGCGCAUCGCCAACGGCGCCCCCUCGUCGCUCAUCUCCUUCAAGACCAUCACCGAGCUCCUCACAAGCUCCGGCACAUCCGGCGGGCAGCCGAAGCUGAUGCCGUCCACAGAGGAGGAGCUGGACCGCAAGACCUUCCUCUACAACCUCCUCGUCCCCGUAAUGAACAAGUACGUGGAAGGUCUGGACAAAGGGCGGUGCAUGUACCUGCUGUUCGUGAAGCCGGAGAUCAGGACGGCGUCGGGGCUGGUGGCGCGGCCGGUGCUGACGAGCUACUACAAGAGCCGGCACUUCCGGGAGCGGCCGGACAGCCCGUACACGCGGUACACGAGCCCGAACGAGGCGAUCCUGUGCCCGGACAGCGCGCAGAGCAUGUACGCGCAGCUGCUGUGCGGCCUGGCCCGACGCGGCGAGGUGCUCCGCGUCGGCGCCGUCUUCGCCUCCGCCUUCCUGCGCUCCGUCAAGUUCCUCGAGGUCCACUGGCGCGCGCUCUGCGACGACAUCCGCGCCGGCCGCGUCGACGCGGCGCGCGUCACCGACCCCGCCUGCCGGGACGCCGUCGCCAGGGUCGUGGCGCGGCCGGACCCGGCGCUGGCCGACGCCAUCGCCGCCGAGUGCGAGGGCGAGGGGUCGUGGCGGGGCAUCGUGCGCCGGCUCUGGCCGCGGACCAAGUAUAUCGACGUCAUCGUGACGGGGUCCAUGGCGCAGUACAUACCGCUGCUGGAGUUCUACGGCGGCGGCCUGCCGCUGGUGUCCACCAUGUACGCCUCGUCGGAGUGCUACUUCGGCAUCAACCUCCGGCCGCUGGACCGGCCGGAGGACGUGGCCUAUACGCUGAUGCCCAACAUGUGCUACUACGAGUUCAUCAAGGUGGAGAAGGACGGCGAGGAGGCUCGGGACGGGAAGGUCGUGGACCUUGUCGACGUCGAGGUCGGAGGCUACUACGAGCUCCUUGUCACCACGUUCACAGGUCUGUACCGGUACCGCGUGGGCGACAUCCUGCAGGUGUCAGGCUUCCACAACGCGGCGCCACAGUUCCGGUUCGUGCACCGCCGCAACGUGGUUCUCAGCGUGGACACCGACAAGACCUCCGAGGACGACCUCCUCCGCGCCGUCACGGCCGCCAAGCGCCUCCUGGCGCCGCUGGGCGGCGCCACCAUCCUCUCCGAGUACACCGCCUACGCCGACACGUCCUCCAUCCCGGGCCACUACGUGCUCUUCUGGGAGCUCACGCCGCCGGCCGCCGACAGCGACGAAGCCGUGGUCCACCGCGUCAUGGAGGCAUGCUGCGCCGAGGUGGAGGCCGGCCUUGACGCCGUGUACCGGCGGUGCCGGAGCCGCGACCGGUCCGUGGGACCGCUGGAGAUCCGCGUGGUGUCCCCCGGCGCCUUCGACGCGCUCAUGGACCUCUGCGUCUCCCACGGGUCGUCGGUGAACCAGUACAAGACGCCCCGCUGCAUCAAGCACCCCGACGCCAUCGCCGUCCUGGAGGCGCGCGUCGUCGGCAGGUUCUUCAGCGACACCAUGCCGCACUGGGAGCCCUUCAACGUCGUCGACGCCGCCCCCGCCUCCGCCGCCCCCACGGACGCGGACACCGGCCACGGCGCCGCCACCGCGAGCCUGAGCGAAGGCGCGCCGUAA